AUGGCUUCUCUACGAAAGUCAGUCCUAAUCACCGGCUGCUCAGCCGGCGGUAUUGGUGCAGCUCUGGCUCACGUCUUUCAAGAAAAGGGAUACCACGUCUUUGCAAGCGCACGGAACCCUACGAAGAUUCCAGCAACCCUAUCUGGUGCCGCCAACGUCACAAGCCUAACCCUCGACGUCCUUUCUCCAUCGUCAAUCGCAGCCGCUGUCGACAGCGUGCAGAGGAAAACAGGCAGCGGACUCGACGUCCUCAUCAACAACAGCGGCGGAGGCUACACCGUACCAGCACUAGACGCCUCACUCGUAAAAGGCAAGGAACUAUUCGAGCUCAACUUCUGGGCCCCAUUAGCCAUGCUGCAGGCCUUUGCGCCUCUCCUCAUCAAGGCCAAAGGCUGCGUCGUCAAUAAUACGUCUGCCAAUGCAUAUAUCCCCAUGCCACUAAUGAGUAUGUACAACAGCUCGAAAGCAGCCCUCGCCAUGGCCAGCGAGACAUGGCGCCACGAGCUCCAACCCCUUGGUGUCCGCACCAUCACGCUCGUGACGUGCGCUGUGAAGACCAACUUCUUCGCUGACUACCACCCGGCCGAAUUACCCGAAACCUCGAAAUACUCUGACAUCCGAGACUUCAUCCACAACCUCACUGACGGCAGGAUGCAACGUAAAGCCAUCAGUUCGCGAGAGUAUGCGAUUAGCGUAGUGCGAGAGGUUGAGAAAGGCACGGUUGGAACGGUCUGGGCCGGUACCGAUGCGUCCAUGGCUCGGCUGGCAUGGUGGCUGUCACCACAGUGGAUUUUUGACAUGAUAGUGCAGAGCGUUAUUCCUCUUUCGAAGGAGAUGGCCAAAGCCACGCAAAAGAAAGAAAACUAG